AUGACAAGUCCAACGCCACUCCAAUUCGCCCCCUUCUCCUCGUCCAUCACCCCCGCAUUCUGGCAAGAACUGACCCGGCUCAAACUGCACGUGCUGCAGCUCUCGGACGCGCCCGUCGACGUGUAUGCGAGCUAUGGCAAGGGUCGCACGGUGCAGGAUCGCCUGACGGGGCAGAACGUCGCUUUGACGCGUGCUUUGGAGUUGGAUGCGAGUGGGCUGCGCACCAAGAGGUACGUUGCGGUGAUCUCAGUGCGCGAGCCAAGGCCCGGACUGGAAGCGGGUGCGACCUCGUACCAGAGAGGGGGAUGCAGGACAUUAUCGCAGCAGUCACCACAGCUUUGUGUACUGCGUGGGUCCGGAUGGUAGUGCUACAUGGGGUGUAGCUUCCAUCCGGUGGUAAUCUCGCUGCCGUCGCUGUCGAUCUGCUGCUCCACGCCUGCCAUCAUGUGGGGGUGGGACCUGCUCGACCGGUGGUCCGAUCUGAUCGCCAACAUAGUCCAUCGCUAAUCACGGGCACCAUUCGUUCCUUCCGCACAGUCCACCAAGCCAGACUUCUGCAGACAAUGUGGUCCUUUCCGGGCGGUUGCGCAACUUGAACACGAUCGAGGAGUUCAAAAACUCGGACAAGGCCGCCAUGCUCGAUCAACUCGGUGAAGAGGUCCGUCCUUGGCGAGAAACGCCCCGAUGCUCUCGGCAAUAGCCCAUGCUUUCGCUUUGUCGAUCACAGAUAUGGCAGAGGAUGACUUCAGGCGGCGUGGCACCGACAGAAUCUGAGCUCAAUCCGUUCCUCAUGAUCACCUUCGCGGACCUGAAAAAGUACCGGUAUUACUACUGGUGUGCGUUCCCGGCCUUGUUGCAAAAGCCGGCUUGGGAAGUCUCGGGCGAUUGGGAAGAUCUUCCGCUUGACCAGGUACGCGAGAUCAGAGACUCAAACAUGAGCUGAGAGGCCAAUCAGUUCACUAACGACGCUUUCGUUUGCAUCUCGAAGCUCGACCUGUCUGCUCUCGAAUCGGCAUCGUUCCAGCUGGCCAAAGCCAUCGAAGGACAAGAGGGGCACACUCUUGCUCCCAUCUCGCAAGCGACCGAGUUCUUCGAGGGCGUGUUUCCCAACGAGGUGAGCUGUGAGAGCUAAGCGAGGUAGAAUGUAACGCUAGCCGUAGAAAAGACAAGGCCUGACACAGACGCGUCACUCUGCAGCGCAAGCUCAUCUUCACCGAUCCGUCGUCGCAUCCCAACGCUGUGGGCUGGCCCGUCCGGAACGUCCUCACAUAUCUUGCCCGAGCGCACCAUAUCACCUCCAUUCGUCUCAUCUCCGUUCGUGAAUCUUCCCUCCGGACCGUCCUCAUCUCGAUCCCCGCCCCGGUCCCAAGUACUCGGCCAAGCGUCAUCGGCUGGGAGAAGAAUGACAAGAUGAAGCUCGCUCCCCGCGUCGCCGACUUGGCACCCCUCAUGGACCCGACCAAACUCGCCGACCAAGCCGUAGACCUAAAUCUCCAACUGAUGCGAUGGCGCAUCCUCCCCGCGUUGGAUCUGGACAAGAUCAAGCAUACCAAAGUGCUCUUGUUGGGAGCGGGGACGUUGGGGUGUUAUGUCGCGCGGACAUUGAUGGCUUGGGGGGUGAGGAAGAUCACCCUCGUCGAUUCAAGCACGGUCUCCUUCUCCAACCCCGUCCGACAACCCUUGUUCGAGUUUGAGGAUUCGUUGAAUGGGGGUAAACCCAAAGCUCAAGCGGCGGCAGAUUCGCUCAAGAGGAUCUACCCUGGAGUCGUGAGCGGGUUUGCAAAGAUUCCGUUAGGGUUAAUCUCGCUAACACACAUUAUACGUCUGCAACCGAUCACAGGAUGCCACAGGAGUGUCCCUCUCGAUCCCCAUGCCUGGCCAUCCUAUUCCUCCCGCACUGCAAGAGCAGUCCAAGAAGGAUGUCGCAGUUCUCGAACAGCUCAUCGAUGGGCAUGACGUCGUCUACCUGCUUAUGGACUCGAGGGAGAGUCGGUGGUUACCGACUUUGAUUGGCGCAUCAAAGCAGAAGGUCAGUUGUGCCCUUUUCGAGAGCGCUGCAUGAUUGAUCUAACAUCUGAAUCUCUGCAAAAUGUUUCAGCUCGUCAUGAACGUCGCUCUUGGGUUCGACACAUUCCUUGUCAUGCGCCACGGCGUCCCCUCAUUCCGCCCACCCUUCGAACCAGCGGCCCCCGCUCAGCCUGGCCAGCCAUACAGGGGCCAAUUAGGGUGCUACUACUGCAACGAUAUCGUCGCACCCAUGGACGUGAGUUCAGGUGAUAGUGUUUGAAAUGGGUCGGAGCCUUCAUCGAUUGACGUCUUUGAUGCUGCCCAACCAAACACCCACAGUCCUUGACCGACCGAACAUUGGACCAAAUGUGUACCGUCACCCGACCUGGGAUCGCCUCAAUCGCUAGUGCUACAGCUGUCGAACUCAUGGUCUCGCUUUUGCAACAUCCGCAAAGUGCACGAGCUCCAUCGGAUGUCUGCGUUCCUGCGAACGCGACGACGACUGCUGUACCGGGUGAGGAUGGUGGAGAAGGAUCUUGUUUGGGCGUUGUGCCGCAUCAGAUCAGAGGGUAUUUGAGUCGGUUCGAGAACCUCAAAAUCACGGGACAAGCGUACGACAAGUGUACGGGGUGCAGUCGGCAUGUGAGCCGCACUCGCAAGUGAUCACACUCCGUUUUAAUAAUCUAAUGUCUCCAAGCGUUUUUCAUCAGGUCAUCGAGGCCUACGGAAAAGAAGGCUUCGCGAUGCUCGUCCAAGCGUUCGAAGAUGCCAAGUACCUCGAGCGGUUGACGGGAUUGGACAAGAUUGAGGAAGAGACGGAGAGGAUGAUGGAAGGGAUGGAGGAAUGGGACGAGGAGGUUGAGCCGGAGAUUUAG